AUGUCGUUAUCUCGAUCAUCGCGGAGUCUGAUCCCGCGAGUCUCCCGCCGAUGCUACUCAAGUGCUCCCUCGCCGAGGGCGAAGCUCAACCUACCCAUUGAUUACAAGUCUACGCCCCUACUACACCAUACGCCCUCCUCACUAUCUAGCGUUCCCGACUUCCCAGCGGCAGCAACAAGCAAACGACUGAAUUUCUUUCAAGCCAUCAACUCCGCCUUGCGGACAGCCCUGUCGACCUCGGACAAGGUCAUGCUCUUCGGUGAAGAUGUAGCAUUCGGCGGUGUCUUCCGGUGCUCAAUGGAUCUUCAGACAGAGUUCGGAUCAGAACGAGUCUUCAAUACACCCUUGACCGAACAAGGAAUCGCCGGAUUUGCCAUUGGUGCUGCUGCCGAGGGCAUGAAACCUGUGGCAGAGAUCCAAUUUGCCGACUAUGUCUUUCCUGCAUUUGACCAGAUUGUCAAUGAGGCUGCAAAAUUCCGAUACCGAGAAGGUGGUACCGGGAUCAAUGUUGGGGGCUUGGUAAUUCGCAUGCCCUGCGGUGCGGUAGGACACGGUGCACUAUAUCACUCACAGUCCCCCGAGGCCCUCUUUGCACACGUUCCCGGCGUCCGAGUGGUCAUGCCACGGUCACCCGCACAGGCCAAGGGUCUCCUUCUCUCCUCCAUCUUCGAGCACAACGACCCUGUGAUAUUCAUGGAGCCCAAGAUCCUCUAUCGGGCCGCGGUGGAGCAUGUCCCUAAUGAAUACUACACGAUACCCCUGAGCAAGGCAGAGGUUAUCAAGCCGGGCAAGGACUUGACGAUUAUCUCCUACGGUCAACCCCUCUACCUGUGCUCUUCUGCAAUCUCGGCCAUUGAAAAGACCAUGAAGGGUGUUAGCAUCGAGUUGAUCGAUCUGCGGACAAUCUAUCCCUGGGAUCGCCAGACUGUCAUCGAGAGCGUCCGCAAGACGGGACGAGCUGUCGUGGUUCAUGAAAGCAUGAUCAACUAUGGUGUUGGUGCCGAGGUUGCUGCGACGCUACAAGAAGGCGCUUUCCUACGGCUGGAGGCUCCAGUCAAGCGAGUCGCCGGCUGGAGUACCCACACCGGUCUAUCCUACGAACAAUUCGUCCUACCCGAUGUUGCCAGAAUUUACGACGCGAUCAAGCAGACUCUAGAAUACUGA